AUGCAGGCUUCACCAAGACCCUCUGAGGCUGGAGGAGGAUAUGCGGCACGGAGAGGCCAUGUGCCUCAACUGUCGAUUAGUGACCCAAGUCACCAUGUCACGGAGGCAAUCGGUCAUAUGUACGAAGACGAUUAUGACAAAAGGGAUUCGAAACGCCUUAGCUACAUCUCUUCCCCUCUGAGCGAAUCCAUCUCCAUUAUCCCCCCGAAGCUCGCGGGAGCCGAAUCGCCCUCUUCACCGCAGUCGUUACAAGUGCAAAGCCAUUUGAAUGAAAUCAACAACAAUAGGCAGGUCAACGGGCAAGCCCGCUUACCCGUGGGUGCCAAAUCCAUAGACAGCGCUAGCCCAACGUCCCCGAGCUCAACCUCAUCUCCCGGAUCAACCGACACAGCCACCACGUCCUUCCCGCUCAAUGAUAUCGAUUACGAAUCCGACCCUGCCGCCGUUGCACAGGAGCUCAGCAAUUUGGCUGCUAUUCGGCGGAUGUCGAUGGAUGUAGCAGCUGCUGGUGAUCCGGAUCUUCCCACCUUUAGCCCCAAUUUCUCCGUGCCAUCGAUUGCCCCCUCCCCUUCGGCCGAUGAAAACGAUGCCUCCCGACUCUUUUGGGUCCCAGCUCGCUUGCAUCCGGAGCUGGCUCCCAAAGAAUUUAAAUCUUUCUUAGAAAGCAAGGCAGAUCAUAUCAAGCGGAAGUCUGGUGGUGAUUUCUCACUAUUGAGUCCAGAUCGGCAAGGGUCAAGCGGAAGUCUUCGACGCAAGAAGUCGAUGCUUUCUAGGCAGAUUGAUGCUUCAAACGGUUAUACAGAUGGCGCAGAGAGACUGGAGAGGAAACGAUCACAGUCCAAAGCGGACUCGUUGGGCCCCAACCUGCAAGAACUGGAGACUCUGGUGGACGGCCCAAUACCACGGAGCCAGAGCUCUUCUAUAUUGGAUGAGAUGCAGAAUUUUGGGAUCUCCACGGACGAGGAUAGGCCUAUCCUCCCACCAGCUCCCCCUGGUCAUAGUCUUAGACGUUCUACGAGAACUCAGUACAGGAAAGCAGGAAGUCUGAAAAAGGGCGAAAAGAUCCCCUAUUCCAAACGGCUUGCACGGUCAUCCGAAGCAAACGAAGGUGCCUCGAUAAUUACCGCAUCCGGUGACCAGCCGAUCCUGGGCCUAACUCGAGUAUCGACAGAUCCCACUCCCAGUGUAACACGCGCCCAAGCUUUGGCCAAGUCUGAGCAGAUAAAAUCCAAUACACCAAACGAGCUAGCCAACCCCGCCUUUGGCUCGACCUCAAACCAGGCACAGUCUGAGAAUGACCCCUCGGAUGAAUCUCCAUCGGCAGAGUCCCGACAUAAGACAAGUACAUCAUCACAAACGCGCCAAUGGCAUUCUCGUAUCAGCUCCAACGGAAAAUCGGCCCUGAAUACCCUCCCAACAGAACAGAAAAUCCCAGAAAUUAUUGAAACGCCGCCUCCUGAUAGCAACGUAGCACCGUCUACUCCCCCCGCCUCACAGUCGAUGUUGAUCCCCGGCCGUGGAUCCUCUUAUGAUCCACCAUCCGGGUUGCCUGCAAAGAGCCAAACGUCUUAUGAUCAAAGCCCAUCCAAAUGGUCCUUGCAUAACCGCACACAUGGCAAAGAGAGCACACCAACUCUCAACGAAUUCGCCAACACCCCCCAACCUCUCCCUGGAAACACUACCCGGACGGACAGCCUUUCGUUUAUUCCUACCUUCUCCGAGGAUCGGAAAUCGGAAACAAAACCAGAAGGCAAAAAAUCCAAGGACAAGAAGGAGACGGAAGGUGGUCGGAAGUCGAGCUGGCACUGGCUGUUGGGUUCGGAGGACAAGGACAAAGAGAAGGACAAGAAGAAGGAUAAGGACAGCGAUUCCAAGAAAAGCAAAUCCAAAAUCGUUGAUAAGGUACACGACACUGCACAGGCUCUGCCUAUGUCUAGCGAUUCUAGCCAGCGUGGGCGGGAAAGCGUUGUGCUAGAUCGGCUUGAUCCUAAACUGGAAGAGGAACGCCGCAAAGACCACGCCCGAAGGAAUUCAGGGGAGUCGAAGAAAGAAAAGGAGUCUGGAUUGUUUUCCUCGAUUUUUGGAGGCGGUAGAAAGAAGGGCAGUGGGGACGGUCAUAAGAAAAGUUCUUCUCGAACUUUGUCUCCCGAGCCGCCAAUCCGGGAACUUCGACCAGACGUCGACUUUCCUUGGACUCGAUUCUCUAUUCUGGAAGAGAGGGCUAUUUAUAGAAUGGCCCAUAUCAAACUUGCCAACCCCCGACGCGCGCUAUAUUCCCAAGUUUUGCUCAGCAACUUCAUGUACUCGUACCUGGCCAAGGUACAGCAAAUGCAUCCCCUGAUGCUCGCCUCAUCGGCGGCGCAGAGGCAACAGACGAGUCAAUCGGAUGAAUAUCAACAAUAUCAGCGAUAUCAAGAGACUCAGGAACAACAAUAUAGCGACGGCUCCUAUGACGGUCAUCAGAUGUAUGAUUAUCAUGAUGAUCAGCAUGACCAAUACCGGGCACAGUCACGGGGCAGUAAACAAGGAUUUGAAAACGGGACUGUAUACGGCCAAGGGCACUAUCAGUAUCGACACGAUGCCCAUCUAGAUGACGAUGAUGACGAUAUGUGGUGA